AUGUCCGGCGUUGUAUCCUUUCAAUUUCUACUAGAUCUGAUUCUCAAUUCCUCGUUCAACGUUAUCAAACUAUUUGUGGUCAUCGGUGGCUGUUAUCGUCGGAGUGUGAAUUCUGCUAAUGGCGGGCGUUUCGAAGCUCAGGAGCACGCAGAGUUGACCAAGCACGCGAAUUUCGUUGAAUCCACUGAGGCCGUCCUCAAUUUAGUCUGCUCCGACUGCGGCAAGCCUUGCCGCUCCAAAACCGUACGUUUAUUCUGCUGUAUUUUUCAUGCCGAUUGUGUGAGUACCGUGUCCAGAGUUGUUCAGAAUGCUUGUGGUCCUGUUGGGUUGCCUGAGAAACUAGAUAUAAUGGAAAGGGAGAGUGAUUUGCACACUAAGAGGACCGGGCAUACUGAAUUUGUGGAUAAGACUUCAGAGACUGUCAAGCCAAUAAUUUUGGAGGCACCGAAGCUUAAUGAUGAUGUACAGAUGGAAAAGGCUGAUGUUGGUAGUAGUAGUCAACAAGAAGAAAUGGUGGUUCCAGAAGUAAGCCAACAACUGUUAGCAGAACUUGAGGAAAUGGGAUUUUCCAAAGAAAGGGCUAUUCGUGCACUUCACUUUUCUGGUAAUAGUAGCCUUGAGGAUGCAGCAAAUUGGAUAGUUGAACAUGAUAAUGACCCAGAUAUCGAUAAAAUGCUAUUGGUACCUGUUAGUUCCAAGCAACCUCAGGCUCCAAAGCCAUCUCUCACACCAGAAGAGCUUAAGCUGAAACAACAAGAAUUAAGGGAACGAGCUCGCAAGAAGAAAGAAGAGGAAGAAAAGCGAAUGGAAAGAGAAAGAGAGAAGGAAAGAAUUCGUGUUGGAAGGGAGCUGCUGGAAGCAAAGCGCAUUGAAGAGGAAAAUGAAAGAAAACGUAUACUAGCCUUGCGGAAAGCAGAAAAAGAGGAAGAAAGAAGAGCUAGGGAGAAGAUUCGUCAAAAGUUGGAGGAAGAUAAGGCUGAAAGAAGAAGAAAACUUGGGUUGCCCGUGGAGGAAUCAUCUGCUGCAAAAUCUUCUGCUCCGGUGGUGGAGGAAAAAAAGAGCUUCCUUCCUGUCCGACCAGCUACAAAGGCAGAGCAAAUGAGGGAGUGCCUAAGAACCCUUAAACAGAAUCAUAAGGAUGAUGAUGCUAAAGUGAAGAUGGCUUUCAACACGCUUUUGACUUUUGCAAAGAAUGUGGCAACAAAUCCGAAUGAGGAGAAAUUUCGCAAAAUUAGAAUCACCAAUGCUAAUUUUCAGGAGCGAGUUGGAAAACUGAAAGGAGGCAUAGAGUUUCUUGAACUGUGUGGAUUUGAGAAAAUGGAAGGGGGAGAGUUUUUGUAUCUUUCUAGAGAGAAAGUUGAUAUUGCGGUGCUCCACUCUGCUGGAAGUGAGUUAAACAGUGCUAUCAAUAACCCCUUCUUUGGAGUUCUUUGACCUUCCCUUAGUCGUAAAUCUUCUACGUUGUCUGGAUGUUCGUUUCUAUUCCCUGUUUUACCAUUAUAGGAAUCAUUCUGGAAUGGACUCAUUGGGGUAAAAAUUUAAUUUCCCAAAAGAAUGCCUCAUCUUUCCCAUUUACUAUUUCGUGUAUUUUCUGAAAGUAUACACAAUUGUUCAUUUGACUGAGAUGGUAGAUCAAUAAUGUUUUUGGUUGUGGAUACACUUUGAGAAUUAGACAAAUCUUGGGGAUUUAAUUUAAUUCUAAUAAUUUACGAGUUAUUGCAAUUUGAUCA